UUUCAUUUAACUAUGGCGGAGGAUACUAAAGGUGAUACUAAUUUGUACACUGGAGACCCUCAAGAAGUCUCCCUGCAUAAAGGAUUGGCCAACCAUGGAGCAACAUGCUACAUGAACAGUCUUUUACAAUCAAUGUUUAUGACUAAAGAGUUCAGAAAAGCCUUGUAUGAGUGGAAGUUCGAUGACACAGUUCAAAAUAAAGAAGACUCUAUUCCUUACCAACUUCAGAAGAUCUUUGCUAGGCUACAAUUAGUCGAUGAUGCUGCUACUACAACAGACCUAAUUAAGUCCUUCGGAUGGGACCAGAACGCAUCUUUUGAGCAAAAUGAUAUAUCAGAAUUCUGAAGGGUGCUUUUUGAAGCUCUAAACACCACCUUUGAAGGGACUCCUCAAGCUUCUCUGCUGGAUAACCUGUAUAAUGGGAUAUAUUCAGACACCUUGCAUUGUACAGCUUGUGGGUAUGAUUCUAACAAGGAAGUCAACUUCAAUGAUAUUUCCUUAACAAUUAAGGAUGAUUUUUCAAACUCUUUCAAUGAUUCUCUAGAAAAAGCUCUCGGCCAUUACCUAGGAACUGAAAAACUAGAAGGUGAUAACCAGUACUUCUGCAGCAGAUGUGAUAAGAAGGUAGAUGCUACCAAGGGUUUCAAGCUGGUAAAACUCCCCAAAAUCCUUUGUUUGAACUUCAAAAGAUUUACUCUUGACUAUACCACAUUCCAAAGAGUUAAGAUCAAUGAUAAAGUGACAUUCCCGCUGCUGCUCAACAUGAACCCAUUUUUGAGAGAGUACUCCUCGGAAGAAGUUGAGAAGCUUAUUGAAGACAACCCUCUCUCAAAGGUAAGACCCAGUGAUCUCAGGCUUGGAAAGUUCGUUAGAGACGACGAAGAUGACAAAGAUGGGCAAGAAAUCUCAAAUGAUACUAGUAAAAGAUAUAAUCAGUUCAUGGAGAACGAACUCAAGAAUCUUGAAGAUAGAGGAGAAAUGCAAGUUGAAGGUCAAACUACCAUCUCGAGACAUAAGGAAAAAGAGCAGACUGACAAGCAACAUCAAGCUUAUCUUAAAAAGAUGAAGAAGAAUAUUAAGAAAAGAGGAGGGAGGUUCAAUAGAAAGAACCUCAACAGUAAUUUCUUUGCCAACAGCAAGAAGAAACCAAAUGAGGCUAAAGGAUGGGCUUUUGAUUUCAGUAUCCAAGAAAGUGCCCACUUAGUCGAGAAACCAAAGAAUGCAGUAUGUCUUCCAGGAGAAGAGGAAAAGUUAGUAGAGGAAAGAAAGAAGCAAGCUGAUGAGAAGGCUCAAAAUCCUCAAGAAGAGCAACCAAAUGAAUCCAAAGAGACAAAAGAAGAUACCAAAGAGAAUGAGAAGGAAGAGAAGAAAAUUGACAGAAAAAGUAAAGAUGAAUGGGCUGAUAUCGUCACUCAAAAGAACCUUGAACUUGCAGAUGAGUACAAGAAAGAAGGAGACUUUGUAUAUGAGCUCUUUGCUAUCCUAAUCCACUCAGGAGGUGCACAUGCUGGCCAUUACUACACAUACAUCAAAGAUUUUGAGACCGGUGAUUGGUAUAAAUUUAAUGAUGUUAUGGUUCACAAAAUUUCAUUCUUGGAGAUAAUUACAACCUUCGGUCAAAAGCCUUCAAAGAAGAGAAGAUAUAGCAGUAGUAUUCAAGCUAGAUCAAAUGCAUACAUGCUCAUGUACAGACAGAUCGACCCAGACACGAAUGUGAACUCUGUCCCUAAAUCUCUGAUCUCUCAAGAACUCAAGGACGAGGUUGAAGCUGAUUUGAAGAAAGAGAAGAAGCAGCUAGAAGAAAAAGAAAGAAAAGAUAACCAAAUGCAGCUAAAGGUUGCUUUUAAUGGAGAUUCAAGAGUAUUCUGGGUUAAUAGGAAAGAAGACACACUUCAAUCCCUCCUUGUCCAAGCUGUCACCGAAUUUGGAUUGGAAGAUCUUGGCAUUGAAAAUUGCAGACUUAGAGCAUUCAAUGUUGUCAACGAUGUCAUGCAAGAGACGUAUACUGGCAAAGAGCAAGAGACAUUUGAAGUUUUGCAUAUUUUCCCUCUUAAAACUUUGGGGCUGGAGACUAAAACAGCUGAAGAGGAGUUCCAGGAGAUUGAUCCAAACAAAAUUACACUUAAGGUAAAUGCCUGGAGAAGAAAUAUUUCCAUCCUGGAUGAUGACAAUCUGAUGCCUCAGAAAAUUAUUGUCAACAAGGAAGAGACUAUGGAAGACCUAAUGAACAAGAUCUCUACUGAAUAUAAUAUAGCAUUCGAUAAACUCAGAAUUUCCAAAAGAAGAGCAGGAUCAGUCGGCAAGAAUGUUGAAGAACUUUCUAUUGAAAAGAACAUUAAGAGGAAACUCAAGAUUCUAAGAAUCAACGAUGGGCUGACCAUAUUUAUUGAGGAUAAGUCAUUCGAACAUCCAGAUAUUGACAAAUACCCCUUCUUAUCCAAGGAGAUUGCUGCUAAUAAGUGGGAGACUGAAUUUGAACUAAACAGGAACAGAUCUGUCAUCAAAUUCAACAUCCCUUCAGAGUCUAUUGAUCAAGAUGUUGAUAAUGACAGCAAAGAUAAGAAGGACCCAAGCAUUGAAUAUGGCAAAAGUGUCGUUGUUGAUAAAAGGUUGACUGUAUUUGACCUUAAAGUUGAGGUAUCGAAGCAACUCGGAAUCGGACUUGACAAAUUAAUCUUCAGGAGAGGCAUUCAUGGAACAGAAAUCAAAGAAAAUGAUCUGACCCUAAAACAAGCUAGUAUUUAUAACGGAAUGUGUCUGUAUAUUAGAACUGGUAUCCCAUCCUGUGAAAAUGAGAAGAGACUCAAGUUCUUCCUCUCUGAGCCAAUCUCAGAGAAGGAGAAGGAGGACAUGGAUAUUGCUACAUCGGAUUCACUGUAUUACAAAAUGAGAGAACUUAUUGAAAUUCCUGUCAACACUCACCAAACCACUUACAAGGUUAAGGAGUUUGCUUGCCAAAAGAUUAAGGAAAGUUGUGAUAUCGAGCUUGAUCCAACCCAAAUCAGAUUCAGAGAAAGAGCUAAUGACAGACUGACCAAAUAUUAUAGAGAUGAAGUUGUGAUUGAGCAAUACCGUAUGUACGAGGGCAAGCAGAUUGCUAUACAGUCCCUCCCUGCACAAGAGGUGAUCGACCAAGAUGAUAUUAUAAUAAUGAUAAGAUCAUGGAACCCUGAAACAUGGCAGAUAACCCCUAUGAAGGAACUAGUGGUCAAGAGGUAUUCAACCUUGGAUGAAUUCUCACAUAUACUAGCCAAAGAGUACCCUGAUAUACAAAGAGAAAAUAUGGAGUGUUGCAAAAUUAUGAGCUAUUUCUUCAGAGUUCAGCUACCUUACGAAAAAUGGUACGGCUUAGCUAACCAAGAAGAUUUCUUGGCUUCUAACCCCUUCUAUCUCUCAACAGAUGGGCUGCUACUCUUUGUUAAGGAUAAGACUUUAGUAGAGAGGGAGCUCACUGAAGAGGAGAAGAAAGAAUAUGGAUGUCAAGAAUACGAAAAUGCCAUCUUUGUUACUAGCUCUAAAGGCAAGAGAGGUGUGUUCAAGGAGAAAGCAAUGAAAAUUAACGUCAAAAAGAAAAAGAAAGAUCCAUUUGCUGAUGCUUUGAUUGGAAUGGAAGAUUCUAAAGAGGACCUUGGACCAUUAAAAGCUCACUCAACUGGGUCAACUACGGGCUUAGAAAGAGAAUUUUCCUCAACAAAGGAUACCUUUUGCUCGACUGCUUCGAGUUCAGGAUCAAAGUUUCUUUCUGACGUCAAGGUUCAGGGCGAAUCUGAGAAUCCAGAGAGCCCAACGACCGAAAAGAUAGAAGACUCUUAAAUUCCUUGUUUCCAAUAUAUU